GAAGUGAGUCUCGCUGGAUAUCAACAACAGACUGAAACGGAUCGCAAAUGAUGAUGUGCUGUUUGCAUGCAGUUUUUAUCCACUAUUCCGCUGGAAAUAUUAUUUGACAGGUCUGGGAAUCGCAUUGAUAGAUCAAUGGUUUGGUUCGGGCUCACGUAAAGCGGUAUUACGGAGGGUUUCUCAUUGAGCUGCUGCUAGCAGAAGGUGGCGGAGAGAGAGGGGCGAAGCUCGAAUAUUCAUGCCUUCCUGUUAAUGAAACUCUAUUACGAAUUCCGUGCAAGGGUUGCCACCCGCCAUGUUAAGAUAAAAACACAGAUCUCUGUGUUGAACAUGCUAAAGCGAUUGGAUAAGAUAAGGUUCAGAGGACCCAAGCGAGAUGAGUUCCUGGACCUUGCUGAGUCCCCCAACGCAUCUGACAGUGAAUGUAAUGACGACGUCCCGGUGAAACAGCGGGGAUCCAUCAAAGACUCGGAGGAGUUGCGAGACCCUGCUGGUUCAGGGACUCUGACCAUGUCUGCUGCCAUCCAGGACUACCAGAGGUGUGAAACUGACCGACUCAAUGAGGUUAAAGGUCAUCUGGAGAUAGCCUUACUGGAAAAGCACUUCCUUCAGGAGGAGCUGCGGAAGCUUCGGGAGGAGACGAAUGUUGAGACACUGAAGCAGGAGCUUGAGAAAGAGAAGUCGAAAAGAGUCGAUCUUGAGCAGAAAAUGAAUGAAAUUCUCAGAUCCAGACUUGAAGAUUCGCCGCCUCCACCUACAAAGCCACAAGUUACAGCUGUUAAUGGGACAGGGGACAAACAGAAGGAGACAUUGAGCUCUCGCUUGUGGAAAUGGCUCUAUGAGCGCUUUGGUGUUUAUAUCGAAGACUUCCGCUUUCAGCCUGAAGAGAACACAGUUGAGACUGAGGAACCACUAAGUGCUAAAAGAUUAACAGAAAAUAUGAGACGACUAAAACGGGGCGCUAAGCCUGUAACUAACUUCAUGAGGAACCUUUCUGCCUUAUCCAGCUGGCACUCUGUCUACACGUCACUCAUCGCCUUUAUUAUCUAUAUGAAUUCUGCCUGGCAUGGCUGGGUUAUCCCCAUGUUUCUAUUUUUAGCCAUUCUGCGGUUGUCCUUGAAUUACCUCAUAGCAAAAGGUUGGAGGAUACAGUGGAGCAUUGUGCCUGAGGUCUCAGAACCUGUGGAACCUCCAAAAGAAGAUCUUACAGUCUCAGAGAAGUUCCAGUUAGUUCUGGAUGUUGCACAGAAGGCUCAGAAUCUAUUUGGAAAGAUGGCAGAUGUAUUGGAAAAGAUCAAAAACCUGUUCAUGUGGGUGCAGCCUGAAAUCACACAGAAAUUGUACGUUGGUUUGUGGGUUGCUUUCAUCGCUUCCUGUUUCCUGCCAUACAAACUCAUGGGCUUCAUGAUUGGCAUCUAUGCUGGCAUUAAAUUCUUCAUCAUCGACUUCAUCUUCAAAAGCUGCCCCAAACUGAGGGACAAGUACGACACGCCCUACAUUAUAUGGACCAAUUUACCCACUGACCCACAGCUCAAAGAGCGUAACAACACCACUCUGAACAGACGGCUGUCUGGCUUUGAAAAGCAGAUCCAGCCUGUGGUAGCACGGGGUAGCCAAGCGGCUGGAAUGCCUUGCGGGAUUGGUCGUGAGGAGGAAAGUGGGCGGACCUACAACACGAAAAGAGGCCCCUUUCAUGAAGUCUUCAACCUGUCUGAGAAUGAGCGCCCUCUGUCAGUGUGUGAAAACGGAUGGCGAUGUUGCUUGAUCAACAGGGACAGAAAAAUGCCGACGGACUAUAUCCGCAAUGGUGUCCUCUAUGUGACGGAAAAUUACCUAUGUUUUGAGAGCUCCAGCUCCAGGGCUACCUCCUCUAAGAAGAACAAAGUCAUCAAGCUCCUCGACAUCACUGAUAUUCAGAAGUACAAGGUGUUAUCAGUAUUGCCUGGAUCUGGAAUGGGGAUCUCAGUUACCACGCCGUCCACUCAAAAGCCUCUAGUGUUUGGUGCCAUGAUUCAUCGUGACGAGGCCUUCGAUGCCAUCUACACUCAGUACACGAAGAUCAUGAGUUCUACACCAACAAUCACAGUCACAAACCCUGAGACAUAGGACACAGGCAGGCUUUAAGCCUCAACCGUAUGAACCCUGAUUCACAUAACACAACACUUAGUCCAUAAGUCAGUUCUAACCUUAAUGUAGCACAUUUAUCUAACCCCUGUGUGGAGACUUGAUGGCUUCCAGGUGUUGUCUGCCCCAGGGCGCAAACCGAAAGAUGGACUACCAAGAAACCUUUCUCUUUUUAGACUAUAAGCAAGUAUUAGGAGGGGUGUUUUAUAUAGUCUUCUCUCAUAACACAUUCUGUAAUCAUACACAAGUGUUUGUCGGGAUGUGUCUUAUUUUAUAAGGUAGGAGAGUGGUUGUACCUCUUAUUUAUGUCUUGUGUUCUACAACAGCAAAAUGCCACUUUGGAACAGGAGCUGGUUCUCCUUCAUUUAAAAGACUCUGAUAGAGGGCUUUCUGUGUAAUAAUCAGACCAUAUAACCCAUCAUCUCUGUGCUAAGUCCCAUUUUCUUCCAUUUAAUUGCAUCACCGCUGGCCUUGCACAAAGAAACACAUUGCACUUAGUGGUGCUGAGAGCUUUUAGAUGUGAUACAGGAUGAUUUGGGGGACAAAGAAACAGACUUGACCUCUAUUUUUCAUUAUUAAUACCACUUAGCUAGGUACUCCAUAAUACUUAGUACAUAUUUUAAUGCAUAAAUGCAAAUCUUUAUGGCAAAGCAGCUGACAACUGCCAUACACAUAAUUCCUUGGUGUCUUCGGUACUCUGUCUUAAGUAUUUGUGAGAAUUGUGUUUGGAAAUUAAAGCAACCUCAUACAUUUUAAUUGAAGAAAAUGUUGUCAUCAUUUACUCACCCUCGUGUCAGUCCAAGCAUGUUUGCUUGCAAAAUUUCUAGGCUGCUUGGACUAAAUAUCUCCUUUGGUGUUUCAAGGAAGAUAGACUUACCAUCCUAGAUAUUUGGAAUGGCAUGAGGGUGAGUAAAUGAUGCCAGAAUUUUCAUUUUUGAGAGGACUAUCCCUUUUAAAGCACAAAAAUAUUAUGUCUUGCCCAUAAAAUGAAUGUGCACAAAAACGUGUGGAAGACCAUUCAGACAGAUUAGGAAUAAGCUAGAGUAUAAAUCUCAUUCUUCAUCAUUAUCAUAUUAGCGUAUAAUUGAUUCUUGGGAUUAUAGAAGUAUUUGAUGCCUCCUUGAAUGUUAUUGGCACUACUGACAUAAGUUAAACAUUUUUAUAUUGCAAAUCCUCUUCCCUAUAUUAAGGAAGCCACAAGCUUAUUUCCCUCCUCUUAUCUCUGUGUAGAUGUAAUGUAUAAUGAAUAUGAUGAUUUUUCACAAUGUGCAUUUUGUAGGAAACUUUUUGAUGUACUUUUUUUGUACAUCUUUGACAUGCUACACUUUUAAAUACAUUGCAGUACUUUCUUUACUCCUCCAUGGAUAACAUUUUUAAUUUAACUUUUUGCUAUGCAGACUUCAAUAGCUCCUUUGGAUUAGAAGCAGGCCUUUUCUUUCUAACAGGAAGAGAGAGCAGUUUAUUUGUACUAAGUAAUUGGUAUGACAUAAUUUUCUGGCGUUCAGUUUUCUCAUAAAUAUUUUUUUUUUUUAUUUUGGUCUUUUUGGUCUGAUUUGGUCUGCAGUUCAAAUUGUGCUGUGCUAAAUUGCACUUUAAACUUUUCAUUUAUUUUAAAGCCUUAUUUCUUUCCUGCCUUAUAAUGCCUUUUUCUUUCUUUUUUUUGCUUUAGAACCAUUUGCCACUAAUUUUAUUUCUUGAAAUGGAUUUUGAGUCAGUAUAUGUCUAAUGGAGUAGAUGCUGGACUCCUUGGAUGCUAUAGACCUUAUUAAUGCUAGCGCCAUCUUUGAUUUUUAAUGGGAAUGACAACGGGGCUGUGUAGCACUUUUUGGCUUUCUAAGUAAUACCACUUUUUAAAGUGGAAUACCAUACCAGUUAGAGUUACUAAUAUGAUGGUAAUAUUCGCUCUGCAUAAGUAAAUAUUUGUAGCACUAAUACACAUUAAUAGUGCGCUUUGGUUGAGGGUUAUGGGAAUAAUGGUUUAUGCAUUUUACCUUAGUUCUCAUUCAAUUUCAUAUUAAUUCUGUUGACUCAUGCUUUUGAAAAAACAAAAAACAUUACCAAUAAUGAUUGUCUUUUGCCAAAUAAAUAUGUGUAUUGUUUGUGCUCUGUCCUGCCCCAGCCCCUGAGUUUUGUUUACAGAAAUUUGUGUUGAUCCUGCUGUCAUUAGUUAGUUUGAUCCCCAGAACAAUGGGGGCAUGAAAAUUAGCUAUUGUUUUAGCCUAUAAUGAAUGUUGGAGUGGCCAGAAAGGGUUGAUUUUAACAUUUGAAAUGCCUUGUAAAAAUAAGGAUAUUUUACAACAUUGCAUGCUUUUAUUUUAUAUUGAGUUUACUGCAUUCUUUUUUGUUUUUCAUCCAAUUUUAAGAAUAUGAUUUUUGUUCCCAGGAAGUCCUUAUCUAUAGCAUGAAGGGGUGUCAUUAUAUUAUUUCUUUGAUUAUCUUUCACUGUUCCAGUUGUUUUAAAUUUCAGGCAUCUGUGUUUUUGGUUGUAGAAAACAAAAGUUACUGGGGUUUAAUCGAUUUUGCAGAGGAGCAAUCAUCAUAAAUGUGAGUCUUCACACUUGAAAAUACUCCGAAAUGUGUUAAAAACAUCUGUGCUGAAUGUGACUGGAUGUUUGUGUUCAUCAAACAUUUAUGUUUACACUGGAUGUACAUGUCUGGUAAACCCUUUUUGCCUUCCUCUAAUUAGUCAUCAUUGGAAAAGAAAUAAACGAGUUCUUUGUAA